AAUAAAACGAAUAACAAUAAAAUAAAUGAAUUAUUCAUAUUACAUAAUAAUUCAUUAGAUUAUCAUAACUUAGAUAUGAAACUUACAAAAAUAUGUGAAUCAUUUUUAAAUAUAGAACCAAAUCAAAUAUAUGCUAAACAAUAUGAAAAUUAUUCAACAAAACAACAUAUUUUAUAUUCAUGGAAAUCAAUGAAUGAUUGUAUAUUAUUUCGAAAUUCUUUUAAAUAUUUAUUAUGGACAAAUAAAGAAGAAUUGAAUUAUCCUAUUGGAUUUGCAUUUUCAGUUUAUGAAAAUAUUGAUCGUAUAGCACGUUUAUUACGUCUUUUAUAUAGACCACAUAAUUUAUAUUGUAUACAUGUUGAUCGUAAAACAUCAAACGAGUUUUAUCAAUCUAUAGUUGAUUUAGCUAAAUGUUUUGGUAAUAAUGUUGAAAUUAUCAAACGUUCACAAAGUGUUUCAGUUAAAUGGGGAUAUUUUUCUGUAUUAGAUUCAUUUCUUAAAUGUACUCAAAUUAUGUUGAAUAAUACAAAAGUUCAGUGGAAAUAUGUUAUGAAUAUUAAUGGAAAAGAAUUACCAUUACGUACUAACUGGGAAUUGAUUAAAGCAUUAAAAGCUCUAAACGGUGCUAAUAUAAUUGGAUGUACAACAAAAAAUGGACCAAAGAAAAGAAUUCCUCGUAGAAAACCAUCAUUCAAUGUUACAUGGAUAAAAGGAAGCUUUUUAGUUGCAUUACGUAAAGAAUUUGUCAGUUAUUUACAUAUGAAUCCCAAUUCUAUUGAAUUAUUAAAUAUUCUCAGAGAAGAACAACAUUUAAUGAAAAUACCAGAUGAAAUGUUUUUCAGUACAUUGGCUUAUAAUCCACAACUAUUUGCCCCUGGUGCUUGUAAAGAAUUUUAUCCACCUAAUGAAAAUGAUAAUCAAUCAACUUUUGUAUCACGCUUCGUUAUUUGGAAACCAAAAAGAUGUGCUACCGGGAAAAGAUAUCAUACAAUAUGUAUGUUAGGUGUACAACAUUUAUACAAUUUAACAAAACGUCAAGAGUUUUUUGCCAAUAAAUUUCAUAAUGGUUUUUAUGAUGCAGCGUAUGAUUGUCUUGAAUAUUGGAUAUUGAAGAAAAUGAAGAUCGAACGUUUAACGGGUAGAUUAGAUCCAACAUUUAAUCCUCAAUUCUAUGCUGAUUUACAUUGUUCAAAAAACCAUGUAUAAUACCUUCGAGCUGUGUUACUCUAUUAUAUUAUGUGUGUAUUUGUUUGAAAAAUCUGUUAACUUUCAGUUUUUUAUUGCACCAUUCUUUGUUUAAGAUAUCACUUGCGAUUUCAAAAACAGAAAUGACAAUAUAAUCCAUUCCAAGUAUCAUUUAGCACCAUUAUUUGAAUAUAUCUGCUAAUUAUUUGAAAUUUCUGUUCUCUGUAUGUUGAAGAUUCACCCACUUGUGCAUCAUUCCAAGUGCUAUUAUACUGAAUAGUAUGUUAUUUUUGAAUGUAAUCUAUUCAAUUCUUGUUUUGAAAGUAAUUUUAUCACACAUUGAUAGUAAAAGUAAAUGCUCUAAACUGCAUUCAUAAACAAAUAAUAUAUUUGUAAUAUCCCAAUGAGUAGAAAAUUAGAUUUUCUGACGUUUCGUGACUUAGUGUAAGCCACUUCUUCAGAGAAUAAAUAAUAUAUUUUAUUGUUUUGUACGUUUGAAAUACUACGUAAUUGAAAACCACUUAUGAUGACAAUCUGUGUGCAAAUGGUCACAGGAAAUAUGUACUGACUGUACGAUAAAUUUACAGGCAUAUGAUACAGUGACUUAUGUCAUGACAAUAAAAGAGAACAUACCUUACAUUUAAACUUUGUGUUCAUAAAACGCUGAUAUACUACGACUUUGAAAAAAUAGAAAACGAGAGAUAAUUACUUUUGGCGACGUGUUGGUUUCUUUCUGUACUUCCUGGUUUAUUGACUAAGUUUUAAUUAUUGUUUUGUAAAACAUCAUUGAAAUAAAAUUCAAAAGGCUGGCUUCAUGUAUUUUAGAAUAGGCAACAUCACAUUUGUCAUGGUUGAUAAUU